GUAAACCCCGGAAGUAUUUUUCAUGUAUUGUGUGUCGGACGAGUAGGGUCUACUACAAUGAGACAAAUAAAUCCUUAUUCACUCAGUUGGAAGUAGUGGUUAUUAAGCAGCGGCUGGAAUCCUGGAUCCGGGAAUAUAUGGUGCCACGAUCUGGAUGCUGUUGCAUCACCUCCUCCCUGACGCAGGCCUGAGGAGCAGACGGUAUGUCACUGUGAGGCAAGGAAUCUGAGGGAAGAAUGCAGUCUUCAGCCCACCGGCUGCGUGAUGUAGAGCAACACCACCCCCUGCUGGGCGGGGAGGAGGAACUUGAGGGGACGCCCCCCGGGGAUGGCGAGCGCGUGUGGUUCAUCCAGGAUGGCUGUGGCAUGGUGUGUGCCUUCAUGACCUGGUUCCUGGUGCUGUACGCCGACUUCGUGGUCACCUUCGUCAUGCUGCUGCCGUCCAAGAACUUCUGGUACUCCCUGAUCAACGGCGUUGCCUUCAACUGCCUGGCCGUUCUGGCACUGACCUCACACCUGCGCACCAUGCUGACUGACCCGGGAGCAGUGCCCAAGGGCAAUGCCACCAAGGAGUACAUGGACAGCCUCCAACUGAAGCCUGGGGAGGUCAUCUACAAAUGUCCCAAGUGCUGCAGCAUCAAGCCAGAGAGAGCCCACCACUGCAGUAUUUGUAAGAGAUGUAUCCGCAAGAUGGAUCACCACUGUCCCUGGGUCAAUAACUGUGUGGGAGAGAACAACCAGAGGUUCUUUGUGCUAUUCACUAUGUAUAUAGCCCUGAUUUCCACCCACGCUCUCAUCCUGAGUGGGUUCCAGUUUUUCACCUGUGUCAAAGUCCAGUGGAGCGAGUGCAGUGACUUCUCCCCACCGGUCGCUGUGAUGCUCAUGAUUUUCCUGUGCCUAGAGGGACUGCUCUUCCUCACCUUCACCGCUGUCAUGUUCGGCACCCAGAUCCAUUCUAUCUGUAACGACGAGACGGAGAUCGAGCGGCUGAAGAAUGAGAAGCCUACAUGGGAGCGCCGUGUGCGCUGGGAGGGGAUGAAGACCGUGUUCGGUGGCCAGCCCUCCUUGCUAUGGAUCAACCCCUUCGCUGGACUGCGUCUGCGGCGCCUACUGAUGACACGCACACGCAGGGGCGGGCCCGAGUUCUCCGUCUGAUGGAGUUCCAUCCUUCUUCUAACGCUGCGGCACGCCAGUCCGCUGCCUCCCCAAACACACCCGCACACUCUCACUCCAGUGACAGGCAUCUGGUGCAUGCUCUGGGGGGCGGGGGGUGGCUGUCAGUUGAAUGUUCAGCUGGGACUGCCCUUGUCUGGCACAAGCCAGCCUGCACGUAUUGCAGUACCUCCAGGUGUAUACAUUAAUAUAUACGUAUAUAUUCACACAUAUUAAUACACAUUCUCUUACGCUGUAAACUUUUUUUGUGUUUUGCUUUUUAAAUAAGCCGACAGUAUGGAACGGAACAAGGAAAGGAACAAGGAAGUACUCAUCAGAGACUCAGAAGAGCGGAUGUGGAAGUGUAAAAGGCAUAUGGCAUUAAACACUACAUCAAGCCUUUUUAUUUAAAUCAAGGUGGGAGAAGGGGCAUCACUCGUCAAGGGAAGAACAAAGAAACUGUGGAGAACAGAGAGCUAGCUCCUCCCACUUUUUAUUCCCCUUGACGUCAAGAUCCAUUGAGUUUUCACAUCAGUUCUGGGUCUGCUCUGUCUACCAACACCAGCAGUGUGUGGAGGAGUGGCAGCAGGGCUGUGUGAGAGUGCAGGGCAGCCCCUCUCAGUCUCACCAUGGGACCUGCAGGAAAAAGGAAUGGACUAACCACUACAAGCCCCCCAGAGGAAACUGCUGUUAAAGAUGCUGUUUUUUAUUGUUUUUUUCUGUUUCCCAUAUCAUGAUAGUCUCUGUGAAGGAGAGUAGUUUUUAGAACAUUAUUGCUGGAGAAUCACUUUAAAUUAUCACCUAUGAUGGCGGUGUAUUUUGGGGAAAAAGAAAUCUUGAUUUUUGUUGUACCAUCCUGCUUAAUUGUGUUUUUUUUAUCUGACUGAUGUAUAUACCAUACCUGCAUACCUUUACUUUGGGGGAGUCAGGUAGGCAGUGGGGAGAGAACAGAUUUUUGGUUGCCUUUGGCUGUCUUCUCACAGUAUCCUCAUGACAAUAUCACAGGGUUGUAGAGACUGAGGUACCAACCUGCAGUAGGGCUGGUGACCAGUUCUGAAAAAUGGGAGUGUUGGAGUCAGUUUCAAUUUAGGAACACAGUGACUGGGGUUCCUAGGACUCUUUGGCUGUCCUGUGUACUUAAUUCAAGGCUUGCUAAUAGGAUCAGCUGAAUACAGGACAUUUGUUUUAUCAUGCAAACAUUUGGCAAACCGGUGAUCACCAGUUACGCAGACGGAGAAAGUCCUCUGCCCGGAAUCUUUAAGUGGGAAAAUUACCACAUUGUUGUCAAAAACAAACGCUCAAGAAAUGGUGCACAAAAGCCCCUCCCAGCCCAUUGAAGCAGAAUGAGAUCUCUCACAGCAAGCUCUUUGUGCUGUCUGUGACAGCUCUACAGGAAGGUGACAUGAGAGGGAUAUGUUGUUAGCCAAUAGGGGCCCCUCAGGCAGAUAGAGCUUGUUUUGAUCGGUAAAUUCAAUCACAUUGUGUGCCAUCUGAGUUUGUACAUCAAUGCUUAAUGGCAUCCAAUGUGACCAGCUUUCAUUGACAGGUAUGGAUGUGGGAGAUGUUUUCUGUGUCUCAUUCCCAUUGAAAUGUGUCUGUCUGAGACACAUUGUCUGCUAGAGUCAGUUGCAUUGGCUCAUUUCUAACCAAAGCAUUGUGGGAAGCUGUGUCGAAUAAUACAUUAUCGUUCCAGUCUAAUCCCACCAACAGCCUCAAAGGGUGGCAAGCUCUGUACUCUCCCAUUCCCUUUAUGUUGAGCUCAGCCUCCUUUCCCCUUUGAACUUUCAUCUCACAACAGGUAGAAGGGAUGUCUGACUCUUUGCUUCUGUUUCACUGAUUUUAGCCUACAGUUUGCAGCUGGUGGGUUCAUUGCCUGCACCAUUCUAAUUAUGGCCAAACAUUUAAAACCUAACUUGUAAGUCCCUCAAAAUAUGUGAGCAUGCAGUUUAUUUUGAAGAAACGUGAGCUGUCGAUGCCAAACUUGUAGCCAGUCUUUCAGUAAAUAGAUGCCUAAAUCACUUUAUGAAAUGAUACAAUCAUUCAGUCGCAUUAAUAGCAUAGCCUUUGAACAAAUCUCCAUUUCUCAUAUGAAGCACUGCAAUUACUGAAAUAUUGGAACUCUUUCUUUCAUUUAUUUUAGGUUAUUUGGAUAAAAAUAAAACUUUUACUAUCAGAAGGUGGACAGGGUGGAUCUCCAUGGGAAUGUAUCAGAAGAAACUGGCCUUUUAUUUGAAUACUGUAAUGAGAAUGUAUGGCAUGUUAUGAAAUCUUGUCAAUGGUAGUUAAAAAUGCAGGGAAAUUGUCACAAUGUAUACAAUCAUGUUAUGAACACAAAACCUAAUAUGCUUUCCACUUAACAAACAAAAAAGUAUUGACUCACUCUAUGUCUCCUCUUUCACUGUUCUUUGCAUUGCUGUAAAACGUUUUGUGUCAGAGGGUGCUGAUAUCCCCAGAGUAAGAAGGCCCUCAAUGCAGGAUAAAGGCACAGUGCUCUUUGAGAGAUAUAGAUUAUCUAUAUCUAUAUCCAUAGAUAGAUAUAUAACUAAUUGUGUUUAUUGUCUUCACAACAGAUCAUUGAACCAUGUCAGGAAGAAUUAUUAAACUCUUACAGGCCAGGACAUAUGUGAACAUAUGUGAGCCAAACUGGACGUGUAUUAAUCAGAGCAGAACCAUGAGAUUUGCCUGAUAAUGACAUAACCAAUGUAUACAACACAUCAAGCUUUGUAACUGGAAAGCAUACGCAGGUUACAUCCGUUAUCUACAGUAUAUGAAUUACUGGAAGAUUUUUUUUAAAUGAAAUAUCUGUGUUAUAAAUGGUCUUUCUAAUGUGUAGUUCUUUUGCAUAAUAAAGUUGUAAGGUUUAAAAGAAUGGAUAGUGAGAGGUUUCAUCUCCUGCAUCUUUCAAGACACAACAUGGACCUUACCACUGCUGUCAAUGUGCUGUAUUGCUCUGUAUUGCCCUAGAUUAACACUCUUGCCAGGCUUCACAACCAUUGCACCAAUAUCAAGAAAUUGGACGCACUAGGCUGUGGGAAUUAAACCAUUAGAGAUUAUCUCACUGUGUUGCCUUUAGAUGAUUUUCUUAUCUUUUUGUAAGUCGUUGGUAAUCUGUCUCUACCUCUAUGAAAUGAUACAGCUGUAACCUUUGUGUGAAGUGUAUUCAGUCCUUGGGCAAAGUCAUGGGGAUGAGCUCAUACUGUAGGUUUUUAGUUUACUUGGAUUUUAACAUAACAGGGAUGUCAUAUUUUUAGUCUUCAUGAAGCAGCAUCUGGUAUCCAUGAAAUGUCUCUGCAAAGAGAUGCAGCAAAGGAAAGCUGGUCUUUGCGUCCCCACUGGCCUUUUGUGUGUACUACAUUUUUUUUUUCUCUUCAUCUUGA